UAGUUUUCUUAUGCUUCUUUUAGUUAUUAUUCUCUCUCCCUAACUCAAAUAAUUAAUUAAUGCCAAAAUAAUACUAAAGUACAAAAAAUCAACAUGCUAUCAAUACCCACAUUGAGAACACUCAUCAGACGAACGUAUGUUUUGCAAGUGAACGGUUGUGGUCAAAGAUACAGAGGAAAUUGUGUUCAAGCAGCUGUUAGUAAAGUUGGCAAAAUGUUGCAAACUUUUGAAGAUCGUGUUUUUCAACAAAUCGAUAGAAAAUAUAAUUCAUCGAUAGAUUAUGAUAAAAAAAUUUCGCCAGACAACAAAUAUUAUCAAAUAAAUAAUAAGACUGCCAGUAAACAUAAUAAUAAUGAACAAAAUAUUUAUCAAGAAUAUGAGGAAGCUGUCAAAGCCUUAAAUGCUUUACAAUCGAAUGCCGAAUCGUUGCGUAGUUCUAUCCAUAAACGUAAACGUUUAAAUUCUUUACAAGAUACUCAACGGUAUUUACUUAAAAGUGGCCUGACUACCAAAGAUUUGGAAAAACUAUCUUAUAUACAUGUGACGGGUACCAAGGGCAAGGGCUCUACUUGUGCCUUAGUCGAUGCCAUUUUACGUUCCUACAAAGUUAAAACCGGUUUCUACAGUUCACCCCAUCUAGUGUCGGUAACCGAACGCAUACGCAUUAAUGGCCAACCCAUAUCAAAGCAAAAAUUCAAUCAAUACUUCUGGCCUGUCUACAAUAAGCUAAUGGAAACACAGGAAUAUGAAAAUGAUAUGCCGGCAUAUUUUAAAUUUCUCACAGUUCUGUCAUUUCACGUUUAUCUGGGUGAAAAGGUAGAUGUGGUGAUAUUGGAAGUGGGCAUAGGUGGAGAAUUAGAUUGUACCAAUGUAGUGCCCAAUACAAAAACUGUGGGUAUUUCUUCAUUGGGUUUAGAACACACACAAUUGCUGGGUAAUACACUUAAAGAAAUAGCCUGGCAAAAGGCGGGCAUUAUUAAGCCUCACUCCACGGUUUAUACAUCGGUUCAGCAAAAGGAAUGUUUAGAUGUUAUAUAUGAAAGAGCAAAAGAAAAACAAGCGGUAGUGCAUAGAGUACCAGAGUUUGAAUCAUAUUUCCGAGAUCCUUCAGUGGAACAUGUUAAGAAACAGUUAAAUAAUUGCACGAUACUAAAUGGUUCUUUAGCUUUACAGUUGGCCUAUGAUUGGUUAAGACAAAAUUGUAAUGGUUUUCAUCGAGAAUAUGAAGUAAAUAAACCACAACUAACAGAACAGGCCAUUAAAGGUAUUUUGAACUGCAACUGGCCGGGCAGAUGUCAAAAAGUGAAAUUUUUUAAUUUCAAUAUUCAUUUGGAUGGAGCCCAUACGGUGGAAAGUAUGCAAGUAUGUGGGCAAUGGUUUUCACAAGUAACCGCCGAUACAGCUAUACCCAAAAUUCUACUCUUCAAUACUACAGGAGAUCGUGAUUCUGAAAAACUUUUAACUAUUUUACGUAAUUUCACCACUUUUGACUUGGUCUGUUUUGUACCAAAUAUUGCCUCUUUAACCAAAGAUAAAAAUCAAGAUAAUAAAUCGAUCUUAUAUAGUUAUACGGAACAACUGAAACGAGCCCAAAUGCAUGCCACCAAUUGGGAAAAAAUGUGCCAGGAAGACAAAGAAACCAAUACGGGCAAAGUAUUUCCCACAAUCGUUGAAAGUUUUCAACAUAUACGUCAGGUUUAUAACAAAUCAGAGGAAUUAAAUAUAUUAGUAACAGGUUCUAUACAUUUAAUAGGAGCCACUAUAUUAUCGCUAAAUGAAUUGUGUCCGGAGUUAAAUGAGGAAUAUAAGUAGCUUUAGAAUUUAACAUAGACAUUGUGAAAAUUACUAUAGUUUUUAGGUUAUAGUUUUGUAAAUAGCAUUUACUUAAUUAGAAAUUGUUAAUAAUAAUAAAAAAAAUAUGAAUUGAAUAAAUUAAGAAAAC